UGGAGGAAGAAGAAGCCGCAGCAGCUCGUGCGAUGGCUUACCCUAAAUGCCCGCUAGCUUAGCGUGUAGCCUCGAGUCUCUUUAGUCUCUUUAGUUUCGUCCUCCGGAAGCUGCUCGCUCGCCCCUUCGUCCCCCCCCCUUCUCUUGUCCCCCCCCCCCCCUCCCUCCCCCACAGGUGAGCUGCUUCCGACCUGUUGACACAUGCGACAAGAACACGGCCGUUCAUCUCCGGCAUGGACAUCCAGAGCGAGAGGAGGCGACUGCUGGACGAGGAGGACGGAGACCAGGACCCCCCCGGGCUGCUGUCCGAGCAGGACGCGUACCUCAGCAAGGUGAAGAACCGGAACUUGUACCUGGCCACGCUGGCGUGCGUCCUGGGGCCCUUGAGCUUCGGCUUCGUGUUGGGCUACAGCUCGCCCGCCAUCCCCGAGCUCUCCCGCAUCGCCGACCCGCGGCUGCGGCUGGACGCCGCCCAGGCCUCCUGGUUCGGGUCCAUCGUGACGGUGGGGGCGGCGGCCGGCGGCCUGCUGGGCGGCUGGAUGGUGGGGCGGAUCGGCAGGAAGCUCACCCUCAUGUUCUGCUCGCUGCCGUUCGUCUCGGGCUUCGUCGUCAUCAUCGCGGCGCGGAGCGUGUGGAUGCUGUACGCCGGCCGGCUGCUCACGGGCCUCGCCAGCGGGGUCACGUCGCUGGUCGUCCCGCUGUACAUCUCUGAGAUGGCACACGAGCGCGUCCGCGGCACCUUGGGCUCCUGCGUGCAGCUGAUGGUGGUGCUCGGCAUCAUGGGAGCUUACCUGGCAGGUCUCUACCUGGACUGGCGCUGGCUGGCGAUCUGCAGCUCCGUCCCGCCCACCCUGCUGAUGGUCUGCGUGUGCUUCGUGCCGGAGACGCCGCGCUUCCUGCUGUCGCAGGGCAAGAGGCGGGAGGCCGAGCAGGCGCUGCGCUUCCUGCGGGGGCCGGACGCCCCCGUCGAGUGGGAGUGCGCCCGCAUCGAGGACGCCUGUGACGAGCAGAGUGCCAGCUUCCAGAUGUCCGACCUGAAGGACCCGGGCGUCUACAAGCCGCUGGUGAUCGGCGUCAUGCUGAUGUUAUUCCAGCAGAUGACGGGCAUCAACGCCAUCAUGUUCUACGCAGAGAACAUAUUUGAACGGGCACAUUUUAAGGAGAGCGACCUGGCCUCGGUGAUCGUGGGUCUCAUCCAGGUCGUCUUCACCGGAGUGGCGGCGCUCAUCAUGGACCGAGCCGGAAGGAAAAUCCUUCUGAUAAUCUCAGGCGUUGCCAUGGCGAUCAGCACCACGGCGUUCGGGGUUUACUUCUACCUGAUGUCCGGACUUCCCAGCCGGGCUGGAGAAGAACCGCACGCGGACCUGGCCUGGCUGGCCCUGGCCAGCAUGGCCGUCUUCAUCACAGGCUUCGCUCUGGGAUGGGGUCCCAUCCCGUGGCUGGUGAUGUCGGAGAUCUUCCCCUCCAAAGUGAGGGGGGUCGCCAGCGCCGCCUGCGUCCUCACCAACUGGAGCAUGGCCUUCAUCGUCACCAAGACCUUCCAGGACCUGAUGGGUCUUCUCACCAGCGCCGGGACCUUCUGGCUCUUCUCCUCCAUGUGCCUCCUCAACGUCCUCUUCACCGUCGCCUUCGUCCCGGAGACCAAAGGCAAGACGCUGGAGCAGAUAGAAGCCUCCUUCAGGGGGUCAUCAGGUCCAUGAUGAGCCCCGCCCCCAAUAGAAGCCUCCUUCAGGGGGUCAUCAGGUCCCAACAUCCCUCACGGUCGCCCUGAGCCCGUUUGAGCCGGCGACGCUGGUUGAAACACUUUCUUAUCAAUAGUUUUUUGGACACAGCUGGGAAUAAUUAUGAUGUAAUGUUCCGCGUUCUGUUGAAUUGUUUGGCAUUGAUUCAAGGAAGGUGUUCCUAUUAUUUUGUCCAUCCCGUACACAUACGAAGCUGACUUUUGGGUGUGAACCCUUCGGCCAGUCGGCCCAUUAAAUAAAUAAAGUUAUCGUCAUCGCUG